CGAUGAUCGCUUGCAUAUAUAUGUAGAAACUCUGUAAAUUAAUCCUACAGUUCUUGUUCACUAUUGCCUCUUCCGUAGGAGGCAGCAAGCGAUCGAGAAGUUGGAUUGAUUAAGAACAAGUAGCUGCAUUUGAUUUUGCUGUUUCGUACGUUGUGGGUCUAGUGUUUUUAUUAAUCUAAGUACACAAAUACAGAGUGAAAAUAGAUACCUUUGGGACAUUCAAUAAAAUUGAAACAAAACGGAGGGCCAAAAUUAGAAGAUGCGGAGCAUGGCGAGUUCAGCCUCAUCCAGAGGGAAUAUUGCUGCCAUUGUUGGUGUGGGGCCAAAACUCGGCCGCUCUAUUGCCCGCAAGUUCGCCCACGAAGGCUAUACUGUUGCCAUCCUCGCCCGUGACUUAGGUAGAUUAUCAAGAUUUGCAGAUGAGAUAGCGAGAGAAGAAAAAUCUCAGGUCUUUGCCAUCAGGAUAGACUGUUCCGAUUCCCGAAGCAUAAGAGAAGCAUUUGAGGGAGUUCUAUCACUGGGCUUUGUGGAAGUGUUGGUUUACAACGCCUACCAGCCAAUAUCUUGGCACCCCACAAACUUCACAGACAUUAAAAUAGAACAUUUUGAGAAAUCUCUCGCCGUCUCCUCCGUCGGCGCCUUCCACUGCGCUCAACAGGUACUUGCAGGUAUGGUAGAAAGAGGAAGAGGGACAAUUCUUUUUACUGGUUGUUCAGCUUCUCUUAGUGGCAUUGCCGGUUAUUCUGAGUUAUGUAUGUGAUAAUUUUCUGGGGUUGAUUUCCUUUUAUUGUUUUCGUUUUGUUGCACUUUAAAUCUACAACUCAAUUUGAUGAUACUAAAGAGAAAAAAUGUCAGGC